GGCACAAAAUUAAGCCACCAAAAAUUCACUACUCAAAAACUUCCCUUGCAAAUCCCUCCCUCUGCUAACUUCCUGUUUUGUUCUCUUCCCCCAAUCCGAUCGUUUUUCUCUCUCCUCCUCUCUCAACUGUCGUUGUAAACGAGGAACAUACGUGCUCAAAACUUCACUGACAAACUCUUUUCAUCUCUUAAUUUAACAACAAUGUCUUCCACAGUCAAUAAUGUGGGAAUCCUUGCCAUGGAAAUCUACUUCCCUCCUACCUGUGUUCAACAGGAAGCAUUGGAGGUUCAUGAUGGGGCUAGCCAAGGGAAGUACACGAUCGGACUCGGACAAGAUUGUAUGGCGUUCUGUACCGAUGUUGAAGACAUUAUAUCAAUGAGUUUGACAGCUGUGAACUCCCUCCUUGAGAAAUACCAUGUUGAUCCAAAACAAAUUGGUCGGCUGGAAGUAGGCAGUGAGACUGUCUUGGACAAGAGCAAGUCUAUCAAGACAUUCUUGAUGCAAAUAUUCGAGGAACACGGAAACACAGACAUUGAAGGUGUUGACUCAACCAAUGCAUGCUAUGGUGGAACUGCCGCUUUAUUUAAUUGUGUAAAUUGGGUGGAGAGUAAGUCAUGGGAUGGGCGUUAUGGCCUCGUUGUUUGCACUGAUAGCGCGGUAUAUGCCGAGGGACCAGCUAGACCCACUGGAGGGGCAGCUACCGUUGCAAUGCUUGUAGGCCCGGAUGCUCCCAUCUCUUUCGAAAGCAAGUUGAGGGGCAGCCAUAUGGCUCAUGCCUAUGAUUUUUACAAGCCCAACCUAGCUAGUGAAUAUCCAGUUGUUGAUGGGAAAUUGUCACAGACCUGUUAUCUCAUGGCGGUUGAUUCUUGCUACAAACAUUUUUGCAGCAAGUACGAAAAGUUCGAAGGCAAGCCGUUCUCAAUCAAUGACGCAGAAUAUGUUGUAUUCCAUUCUCCAUACAACAAGCUUGUACAAAAGAGCUUUGCCCGAUUGGUGUACAACGAUUUCUUGAGAAAUGCUAGCUCCAUCAAUGAAGACGCUAUGGAGAAGUUGUCCCCAUUUUCCAAUCUAUCUCUUGAUGAAAGCUAUCAAAGCAGGGAUCUUGAAAAGGUAGCUCAGCAAGUUGCGAAGCCCUUAUAUGCCAAGAAGGUGGAACCGACCACUUUGGUACCAAAACAAAUUGGAAAUACAUACACAGCAUCUUUAUAUUCAGCAUUUGCUUCCCUUAUUCACAACAAACACAGUGAGUUGGCUGGGAAGAGAAUCAUAAUGUUCUCUUAUGGAAGUGGUUUGACAGCUACAAUGUUCUCACUCCGGCUAAACGAAGGGCAGAAGCCUUUUAGCUUGUCUAACAUUGCAGCAGUUAUGGAUGUUGCCGACAAGUUGAAGUCAAGGCAUGAGUUCCCACCGGAGAAAUUUGUGGAAACCUUGAAGCUGAUGGAGCACAGGUAUGGAGCAAAGGAGUUUGUGACGAGUAAGGAUACCACCCUUUUGACACCGGGUACUUACUACCUAACCGAGGUAGACUCCAUGUACCGAAGAUUCUACGCCAAGAAACCUGCGACUGAUUCUAACAACAUUGCCCACGAAAAUGGCUCACUUACCAAUGGUCACUGAUGCUGCGAGGGUAUUUACCUGCCCGGAAAUGCUGCUGCAUUUUCGAAUGUCUGCAGCUUUGGGUGGGUAUUGUGCUGUUACAGAAUCAGUUGAGAUGGGUAGACAGAUUGUUUGAUCAUGCAAAAUGUGGUAAUGUUUCGAAAAAUUUUAAAAAUUAUUCAUUGGAGUAGUGUGAGCUUGUAUUGUUUUUCAUUAUUUAAAGCUAAUUUAUUCAGUGGUAGUGUUGUUUCAAACUAGAAAAAUGUAUUGUAUGUUUGGUAGACAAUUCUAUGGUAUUCAUAAAAGCAAAAUAAUAAAGUUGAGAAAAAAAUCUGUUACUUAAA